UCGGAGCCGCAUGAGACCUGGAGUCCGAAUUAUGCUGCUGAUUUAGCUACAUUCAUUGACUGGAACAGACUUGCAGUGAUGGACAAGUGCCGUUCUGCUGCUGCAAAUUGCAAGGGCUCGUGGCAUACUGAAGCCGCAGUCCAAUGUGGUGGAAUUUAAACCAGUUCUCUUUUAAGUUGGGUUUUUUUUAGCCACCCAAGAGGACGUGGUUGGAUGGUAAGCUCGGCGGAUAGUGCAUCGACUGUCGCUGAAUAGAAAAUUGUUUGUCUGCUCGUCGCGCCAUUGACGAGGAGCCCCGUUGUGGAAAGCCGAGGAUAACAAGCUGAUAUCCCAGCAGCCAUGGCGGAAGGUAAUCCUCCCCCUUUGCACCCGGUGCUGCAGCCGUUGUCGUUUCUUCUCGGCACCUGGCGGGGUCAGGGCGAAGGUGGUUUCCCUACAAUCCAGUCGUUUAAGUAUGGUGAGGAGAUCAAGCUAUGGCAUUCCGGCAAGCCGGUGAUUGCAUACUCGCAGAAAACGUGGAAAGCAGCAUCAGGAGAGCCUAUGCACGCAGAGAGUGGAUACUGGCGUCCCAAGCCUGAUGGCUCCAUAGAAGUCAUCAUCGCACAAAGCACCGGGUUGGCUGAAGUUCAGAAAGGAAUCUACGAUGCGGAGAGGAAGAUGGUGCAACUACAGAGUGAUGCAGUGUGUAAUGCUUCGAAGGUUUUGAGUAUUGGGCGUGUGUUCGAAGUGAAAGGAGACGAGUUGAUGUACACAGUGGAGAUGGGCAUUCAUGGUCAUGACCAGCAACCCCAUCUUCGAGCAGUUUUGAAAAAAGUCACUGGCAUCUAAGCUUUUUCUGGGAGAGUAAACCAUUUUAGGAUGUACAGAAGCAGAUGUGAAGGUUGAACCUACCAUCUGUAGUUUUUGUCGCCGUCCUAAUUUGAGCUUUUGCUGCAAUUUCCACUAAUUAAGAAUAUUGGAAGCAAAGUAGAUCGCAACGGUCGCCACAACCUUUGUGAAACUGGUCCACUUUUGUAACUAAGUGUUUUCCACUCUACACGAAUAGCUGGGAUUUAGUGCUGAUAUGUCAUUUGGAAGAGUAAGUAUGUAUUAGCGCAACUUUCAUUUGAAAGUAUCUGCAUGAUGCCACUUCUGUUUGACAUAAAGUUAAUAUUGGAAGUGCCAACUGCACUGAUGUAUCAGAAUGGAUGGUUUGUAAUGCAUCCGUUCUACAGGAAUAGUAUUUAAGGUUGGCGUCA